GUAACCUAAGCAAGAUGGCGACAAUGUGGUAUCAGAGGUUCUGUUAGUUGCUUACAAUUUGCUGUAUAUAAGGGUUUACCCCCGAUCUAGGUGGCAUACCAUCCUGCUGCUGAAUUAGACUAAGGGAAUUUAUGUGUAAAUACUAUCCUUGCGUAUGAGUUCAAACAAAGGAAACGGUGCUCAGGAAGAGAAUUUGGCCGCCAGUAACAUCAGCGUGUCAUCUGUCAACCCUGAAGCAGAAAACGAGGAAAUGAAGAGAGCUGCUGCCAAACAGUUAAUUGAGAGGUACUACUACCAGCUGACAGAUGGUUGUGGCAACCCCAACUGUGAGAAUGCUCACUGUGCCUCCAGCACAGUCUUCUGUCUCAAAAAUGCCACCAAAAGUCAAAUGGCCGUGCACGCUAUUGAACUCUUCAAGAAGGCUGCCAGUUUGUGCGACGGUGAACGAUCAAAGGUAGCCCGUCAGCAGGAUGCAGAGGGAGGGGAAGCCUCAACUAGCAGGGCGGCUGUAGUGAGGAUGGCAGAUGGUCCCUCUACCCAAGGGAAGCAGGAGGGUGUGGGAACAGGGGAGACGAGUAGGGAGGGUGGGACACAGGCCACACAGUCAAGCUGCAAGAGCAGUGCUGCACAAAAUACAGCUGUGGUUGAGAAAUCAGCAGUUUUGAAGGAAAUAAAGUAUUUGACAGAGGAGAAACUGUUGAACAUCAUACAGGUGUGUAAAACUGCAGGCAGUUAUUCCCUCCUUAUUCGGACUAUCGGAGAAGUGUACAACAACCCUGAGUCUCUGAUGUUAAGCUUUCGCCAAAGUCCUGUUCCAAAAGAAGAAAUUCGAGCUAUGCAGGGUGACUUAGACAAGGACACAGAUGACAAGGCAGGAUCAGAAGAUGAUGAACUAGCCGCUGUCAGGUUACGGACAGAUGAGUGCACCAGUGCAGGCAAAGACCAGCAUCUGGAGGGGAAUAGUUUUGAUGUGGACAUUGGUUCCUUAAGAAGGUCAUACGCAGCCCUCAUGGACAUUCCGGACCAUCCAUUCCAGGGGGCGCUCAUCAACGCGUUGUUAUAUCUCUCACGCACAGUGGACAUUGACCUAAGAUACAACAAGCCACUGGACAAAGACCAAAACUAUUUAAAUAUUUUUAUCAUUGUUAUGGAAAUUCCUUGUUUGCAGAGUCCUGAGUUUGUAGAGAGUGCUUUUCCCGAGUUGUGUAAAGCCAUGGGCAAUUUGCCGCUGAAAGCUCAGGCCAAGUUAGCGCGGUACUGGUCAACGUUUGAAUCUGAGCGGCUACAUCAGAUGGUGGAGUCGCUCCAGCAGCUGAUCACUGUGAAGGUGAUAAAGGGUGAGGGGACGUGGAGUGGACCUUCCAGUGUUAGUGAUGAUGACUGUAUUGCGGGGACUGCCAAGGUCAUGAAGAUCCUCUACUAUGCUAGUAUAUGUGGAGGUAAAAUGGACUCAGAAAGUGUCCUAGAAGCUGAGAAAAACCUUGUUGUGUCCGAUGACCCAUUUAGUGAUCUGUUUCAAGGGGCAGUGGGUCGAGACGCUAAAGAGCCCCGCCAGCAUAAAGAAGACCCAUUAGGUAAAGAGUUGGGCGUUGAUCCCAUCAACUGUCGCAAACCUUUGAUCCCGUUUGAAAUGUUUGUGAAUGAACCUUUGAGUGAGUAUAUAGAUAUUCCCACAGACUAUGCAAAUUACAGAGCUGAUGACAGGUCCAAAUUUUCCUUUGUCAACCAUAGUUUUAUUCUGACGACGGCCUCCAAGCACAUGAGCAUGUAUUUUGACAACCGCAUGAGGAUGCUGAAUGAGAGAAGAACUUCCUGGCUUCAUGCCAUUGUUCACGGAGAUCCAUCUAUGCCGUUUUUGCGGCUUCGUGUUCGAAGGGAUCACCUCAUUGACGAUGCCUUAGUUGGGUUGGAAAUGGUGGCAAUGGAGAAACCCUCAGACCUCAAGAAGCAGUUAUUUGUGGAGUUUGAGGGCGAGCAGGGCUUGGACGAAGGUGGUGUGUCCAAGGAAUUCUUCCAGCUCAUCGUGGAAGAAAUGUUUAAUCCUGAUUUUGGCAUGUUCACGUACAAUGAGGAGACCGAGCAGUUCUGGUUCAACCCCACGUCUUUUGAGAAUGAUGGUCAGUUUACUCUGAUUGGUAUAGUACUGGGUCUAGCCAUCUACAACAGUGCUAUCCUUGAUGUACACUUCCCCAUGGUGGUAUACAAAAAACUGAUGGGCAAGCUGGGGACGUUUGAUGACUUGGUGGAUAUGGACCCAGUGUUGUACUCUAGCCUGAAGGACAUUCUGGGGUAUGAAGGCGAUGUGGAGAACACAUUUCUACAAACGUUCUGUAUUGGCUAUCACGAUGUAUUUGGCUGCAAACUUAGCCACCACUUGAAGGAUAAAGGUGAUGAGAUACCUGUAACCAGUGAUAACAGACAGGAGUUUGUUGACUUGUAUGCAGAUUUUCUCUUGAACAAAUCAAUAGAGAAACAGUUCAGAGCAUUCAAACGAGGAUUUCAAAUGGUAACCGAAGAAAGUCCACUCAAACUUCUCUUCAGGCCGGAGGAAAUUGAGCUGUUAGUAUGUGGAAGCAAGAAAUUUGACUUCAAGGCUUUGGAGCAGGCCACAGAAUAUGAUGGAGGCUUCACAAAGACAUCACAAGCUAUUAAGUUUUUCUGGGAGACCGUCCAUGAGUUUAGUGAGGAACAGAAGAAGAAGUUGUUACAGUUUACAACUGGUACGGACCGAGUACCUGUGGGAGGCCUGGAGAAGCUCAAACUGAUCAUUGCCAGAAAUGGGCCUGACUCUGACAGGCUGCCCACAUCCCAUACCUGUUUCAAUGUGCUGCUACUGCCGGACUACACCAGCAGGGAGAAGCUUAAGGAACGCCUGCUGAAGGCUAUCACCUAUUCCAAGGGCUUUGGCAUGCUGUGAACCAGAACUGCACACGGCCCUCUAGUGCUAAUGUACCACGCAGUUCAUUGUCAUGAGCCACAACUGUGGAAGGCUUUCACCUGAUUCAUAUGCAAUGUUGAGGACAGCUCUGGACUUGCUCCAUUGUCUGUACAUGCUGACCCAAAAACCUGAUUAUAAUAUAAACUGCUGGAGCAGGAUACAGUGUAUGUGUGCAUGUCCUAGCAGACUGACCAGGCUAAUACAGUUCUGGCUGUAACAUGGAUGUAUGUGUAGGUAUCUGUCUGAUUAUAGUAUUGAGACUGUUUUGUGAAGGUCUCCAGUGAUAUUGGUAUUCUUACAUGUGUGUCAAUUAAUAUUGGACUAGGACUGUAUCGCUCAGUGAUCUCUCGCAUAUUUUCCUGUCAAUCAUUUCCUGUUUAGCUGUGAGAGGAAAAUAAAGCACUCAAAAUGGUGUUGACCUCAAUGAAGAGUGUUAGGAAAUGCCUUUGCUUAUUUAUACAGUUCUGUAGAAAAUUAAAUACAUUCAAAUAUUUGAAUUUUUAGGCAGCCUAUCUGGGUUGAAAUGGUUUACAUUGAUUAGCAUAUUUCUUCGUUGUCUAUAAUAUUUCUAUAUCCUACUACUGUUGAAAGUCAUUCGUUUCAUUUCUGUCUAGGCAGAUGAAAGUUUGUGAUCAGUAGCACGGUCAGGAUAUCUGUGGGUGACACCGGGCUUGCCUGAUUGUCCCAACAUCUGGUGUGUGUGGUUGUCGAGACGUCUGGCGUGUCUGGUUGUCCUGACGUCUGGGGUGUCUGGUUGUCCUGACGUCUGGCGUGUCUGGUUAUCGAGACG